AUGUCUAAAGUGGUACUAGUUACUGGAGCUUCCAAAGGCAUUGGGAGAGCAAUUGUGGAUGUACUAUGCAGCAGCGGGGAAGACAUUAAAGUUUUAGGGAUCGCGAGGUCUGUAGACGACCUCGAGGCAUUAAAAACAAAACAUCAGGGGAAAUUUGAUUACUUGUGUGCUGAUAUUACGGAUACUGCAGCGAUAGUUGGCUAUGUUAAGAAGAUCAACAAGAACUAUGGCAGCUUGGACGCAGUGAUUGCUAAUGCUGGCGUUUUAGCUCCUGUGCAAAGUGUCGCACGCGCUGAUGUAAUGCAGUGGAAGCAGUUGUUCGAUGUGAACUUCUUCAGCAUUGUAUCCCUAGUGAGCGAGCUUUUACCCAGUUUAAAGAAGUCUAGUCAAGGUGACGUCAUUCUUGUAAGCUCUGGGGCCAGCGUGAAGCCCUAUGUAUGUGAUAAACACCAUAAUCGAUUUGCUAAGGAGAUAACUACUAACAACCAGAAACAGUAUGCAUGGGGGGCCUACGGCGCCUCGAAGGCAGCGCUUAACCAAUUUGCUCAGAUCCUGGCUCUUGAGGAGCCGCAGAUCAAAACUGUGGCACUGGCACCCGGAGUGGUUAAUACGCAGAUGCAAGAUGCGAUUCGGGACGAGCUUGGACCACCGAAUAUGACGCCUGAAGCUCUCAAAAGGUUUACUGAUCUGAGAGAAAAGAACGAACUUUUGGAACCUGAAAUUCCGGCUACAAUCUAUGCUAACCUGGCUCUACAUGGCAUUCCUGCGACAAUAAACGGGAAGUAUCUACGCUACAAUGAUGAGCUCCUGAAAGAGUACCGCUAA